UGCACUCAAGUGUUAGAAUUCACUCACCAAUGGCUUUCAAAGCUCUGCUGCUGUUUGUAUUGCCCACUUUUCUGCUACUCUCAACAAUUGUUGCUUCCAAUGAAACUGGAGAGAAGAUUGAGGUCAAGGUUGUUGCUCCGGUGAAGCCUCCUACUCUAGCCCCACCAUGCAAGGUCCCUACUUCGCCAUAUACGCUACCAACUCCGGCACCGCCAACCAAGGCCCCUACUCCACCAUAUAAACCCCCAGUUCCUGCACCACCAACCAAGGCUCCAACUCCACCAUAUAAGCCCCCAACUCCAUCACCAGCACCCCAACCAAAGCCCCAACUCCUAUGCCUCCAAUUAAACCCCCUACACCACUAUACAAGCCACCGACGCCUACACCUCCUUAUAAGCCACCAAAUCCACCAUUGCCACCAGUUAGGACAAGAAAGGAUUGCAUCCCAUUAUGUAGAGAGAGGUGUAAAUUACAUUCAAGGACUAAACUGUGCUUGAGAACAUGCAUCACAUGCUGUG